AUGGGUAAUAUGUGUUAUCGAGAUUAUGAUGAGGAGAAAUUGUUGGGAGGACAGGAAAUCAAGAAACCGGAAUCUGUGUAAGGAUCAAUUAUGAAACCGAAACGUAAAUUAAUUUUAAGAUCAUGGAGCUAGUGGAGAUGGUUAGACAAGCGAAGUGGUAAAUUAGAAUUAAACUGAAAUGACCGAUGAUCCUGAAUUGCAAGUGGAAAAGGAUGAAUUUUACAAAUUGUCCAAUGUAUGAGAUAGCUUUAGCAAUUUUAGGAAAAUACAAGGCAAUUGGAUAUAGCAUCUAAAACAAAUGAGAGUGAAGGGCAGGGCUAAUAAACUCAGAAGGUAAACAUAGACAGUUUCAGAUUGUUGAAAGUCUUGGGAAAGGGAUCAUUUGGGAAAGUUAUGUUAGUGCAAUAUAAAUCGAAUUGUAAUGAGUAUUUUAGAGUUAGCAAAAUAUUAUGCAAUGAAGGUGUUACAAAAGAAGAAUAUCAAGAAUGAGAGAUAAAAACGUCAUACAGAGACUGAGAGAAUCAUUUUGGCAACAUGUUCUAGUAUCUUUUUAGUAAGAUUGAGAUAUGCAUUUUAAUCAUAAUAUAAAUUGUAUCUUGUUGUAGACUAUAUGCCAGGUGGAGAACUAUUUUACCAUUUAAGAAAAGUGGGAAGAUUCAAGGAGGAAGUGGCUAAGUUUUAUGCAGCUGAAAUACUUUUGGGAUUACAAUAUUUACAUGAAAACCAUAUCAUCUAUAGAGAUCUUAAACCAGAAAACAUAUUGCUUGAUGAAAAUGGUCACAUCAAAUUGACUGACUUUGGUCUUUCCAAAAUUAUGAUGGAGGAAGAUGAAACUGCAUUCAGCUUAUGUGGAACUCCUGAAUAUUUAGCCCCUGAGAUCCUGACUACAAGUACUAUUUCUUCUCAUUCUUAGAAACCGGCUAUGAUAAAACCUGUGAUUGGUGGAGUUUUGGAGCCUUGUUGUAUGAGAUGCUUGUGGGAGCCCCCCCUCAUUACAAAGAGAAUAAGAAGGAAAUGAUUCGAAGGAUAUUGACAUAACCUAUUCCCUAUCCUUAAUAUCUUUCUGAAAAUGCUCGAUCUUUGUUGGAGUAAUUGUUGGUCGUAGAUGUAAAUCACAUCUUGUUACAUUAUUUUAGCCGAAAAAAAGAUUGGGAUAUGAAAAUGAUGGAUAUGAUAUCAUGAAACAUGAUUUCUUUGGAGGCAUUGAUUUGACUGAAAUCAUUUAACAUAGAGUAUUCAUAAUAUCACAUUUAGAUCCAACCACCAUACAAAUUCGACAAAAAGGAAUUGAAGUAUUUUGACGAGGGAAUGACUAAAUAAAUUGCUAAAGACACUCCUGUUAAUGGUACUUUGUUACCAAACUAAAAUUUUUCAAAUUUCACAUAUCAACCCAGCAUGCAACAAGGUGCUAAUAUGAAAAAAUGAAGAACGAAAGGAAUGUAAUAUUUUGUAUCAAAC